CAGUCAGAUAGUUGAAGUGAGAUACCUUUUAGCAUUUGACGUUUCGGAUGUGGAUUUCUUAAUGGGAGAUGUUUACAUUUUUUGGAAAGUAUUUUAAGCAAAUACAUCGAGUAGUAUGAUUGUUGGUAUAGAUUUUAUAAUAGGAGAAACUUCAAUAUAAACGCUUUUGUAAAUCGUGAUAAGAAACGCGAAAGCUAGUUCAAGCCACCAUUUCGCAUCACAAAGUAUACCAUGAAAAGACAAAAACGGUACAAUUACAAUGUCCUUGAUGAGGAUAACUAUAAUAUGCCCAUGCAAAGACUAGCACAAAAUCGUUUCGAUAAUGCUAUUGAGGCUGAAGUUCAGAAUGGGGAUACAUUGCAAGCGAUUGCUCUUCGGUUUCGUUGCUCGGUGGCCGAAAUAAAACGUCUCAAUAAAAUUGACAAAGAUAACGAAAUCUAUGCUAGGAAAACGAUUAAAGUGCCAAUCACUCCACAUUCCGUACUGUUAGAAACGCUUCCAAUAAUUCACAAAAGUGGGCAAAGCAGUCCCAAGCGUAUGAGUGAUGAACUGGGUUCGAUUGCUAAAUUAGAAAAUCAGUUAGAGAAUGAUUAUCUUAGUGAAAAGUUGAUGGUUGCGUCGGUGGUAACGUCUGAGGUGAAGCCUGAUAGCAUCAAUAACAUUAUAUUAAAUUCGAAACUUACUUCCACUACCUAUACGGACAACCCUGGUUCAGGUGAUAGAGAACAUAUACUGGAUUCUCUUUUAAAUGAUGAAGCUGACAAAACAAUACCAUAUCCGCGGCCAAUAGGUAGACCAACACGAGGAAAUUUUGAAUGUUCCGGCUCAGAUUGUGAUAUUUCCUGGAUUUGCUUAUUUAUUUGUAUUUUAGCAUUAUGUUUUGCAAUACCCCUUAUCUAUGUUUUAUACAUAGCAGAAAAUAAGUUUAAAAAUGAUGAACUAAUGGCGCAUAACCAUUCAAUUCAGGUUAAUGUUAACUCGAGUCUCUCACUAAAAUUUAGUGCGUAAUGUAUAUGUAUACAUGUAAUAGAGAUUUAGGAUUGCAAAGGAAUGUAGCAGAUUGUAGGCAACUUGUUUGUUUUCUACUAAGGUAAUAAAACGAAAUGGAAUGAAAAAUAUAGCCCCUUCAACAGUUUAUGUUUAAAGUGAGCAUAAAUUCAAUGUUCUCAGAGAUAUUUUACCGAAUAUGUGAAGAAAAUAUAUAAUACUUGUACAUUUUUCUUCUUAAAUGCAGGACUUUGAUAAUUUCGAUUGAUAAACAAGAUAUUUGAAAAUGUUUAGUGCCUUAGAUUUAAAUUAACCUAGGCUAAGAAUUCCAUAAAUUAUUACUCCAAAGUAAAAGCUUUUUUAUAUAAGAAAUAAAUACAUCGUGUACUUAGUGUAUCGUGAGAUACAUUUCUACCAAA